CAUAAUUAACAGUGGGGAGGAAAACUUUUUUAAAACGACGCCGUUUGUUUCAUUCUUAAACCCUAACCCCAACUCCUCCCUCCCGAUCCUCCUACUCUUUCUUUUUCUCGCUACUGCCGUCGAUUUCUCCGCUGCUCUGCUCGUGCGGCCGUCGGUCGCCUCUCUACUCCUUUCGCGCUGCUUUGCUCUUGUGUUCUCCCCUUUGUCCCCAAUCAUUCAUAAAUCACAACCUCAUUGUCGGCCGUCGAUUCACCCGCUACCAGUCCGACCUUCGAGGUUGCGUUCGAUUGCCACUCCGUCACCCCUCCUUCGUGGCUUUGACCUAGAGGCCUUUUUAUGUAAUGCAGUAAUGACAACUUUGGAGAGAGCAGUGGAUCAGUCUCAGAAAACCAGUAAUACUGCAGCUACUGCUGCUCCUAAAAUUAAUGGCUCAACCUCAGGAUUUAAGAGAUGGAGCAGGAAAUACCCAUUCAUUAGAUAUGGACUUCCAAUGAUUUCACUUACUGUGUUUGGGGCACUUGGCCUUGGUCAUCUCUUGCAAGGCAGCAAGGAUAUAGCAAAGGUGAAAGAUGAUCAAGAGUGGGAGAUCAUUGAGACAAGAAAGGCUCUAUCGAGAACUGGACCUGUAGAUGCCUAUAAGCCAAAAAAGAUAUCAUUGGAAGAGGAGCUGAAGGCUUUGAAGGAGAAAGUUGACAUAAAUGACUACGAGUACAAGAGAAUUCCUAGACCGAAUGAAGGCAAGUCAGCCUAGCAUUCAGCUUGCUAUGCCUUUUCUUUCUUCUUCUUCUCCUUUUUUUUUUUUUUUUUUUUGAGGUUGUGGGGGUGGGGUUUGUUUCAAUAUAUUUACUUGAGCAUUUUCAAAAUUAGUAGCAUCAGGCUUCUGAUCUUGCAUCUUAAUUAACCCCUCCCUCCCUCUCUCUCUCCUCUCUCUCUCUCUCUCUCUCUCUCCUGCUCAUUAAGGGAAAGAAUAAAUUUGCUGUAUGUAUUGUGUAGUCUAAUAUUCCUGACUAUUCUGAACAACCAAAGGCGUUGUGUGGUGAAAUUUUAGUCCCCUGCUCUCGUGGGCUCAUUUAUGACUUUGUGGAGGCUGGUGUGUGAUUCUUAUGCCUUAUAAAAUAAAGCUAUUAAUCGUUGUGGUUGUUUUA